UCUUAACUAAUUUUGCUUUAUAGAGCAUAGUGUUCUUGGGAUCCGUUCCCGGAUAAACUCCAAUGCACACUUAAAGGUCUGUUCAUAAUUCAUAGAUAACUAUAUUCUUGACCUCAUAAUUGCAGAAUUACAUAACAAUUUAUACUAGCAGAUUUUAUGUAGAAUAUAGAAACUUCCUCAUUUUAUCUUAUGAAAUGGAUUUAAUUUCUUUAUUUCAGUGCAAAUAUCAUUUCAUCAUUUAAGUAUGGUUAAUAUCUUCUCUGUUGCACGAUCAUAUUUCAUUAAAUUCUUUAAAAUGAGUUCGAACAUGAUGAUGAUGCAGGACACGGUGAUGCUUGGUGCACACAACUAUGAAACUGAUGCUGAAAUUGCAGCAAUGUUAGCUGAGGGAAGAGUUCUGAUUGGAAUAGGAGAAAAUACAAAAAUCAAAGACUGCAUCAUUGACAAGAAUGCUAGAAUCGGGAAGAAUGUUGUUAUUGCAAACUCAGAGGGCAUACAAGAGGCUGAUAGAUUCUCGGAAGGGUUUUAUAUCCGUUCAGGUAUUAGCAUCAUAUUGAAAAACUCAACAAUCAAAGAUUGGGUUGUGAUAUGAUGAGCAUCAUCAUCAUUUUCUCUUUGUUUGUAAUUUUUUUUUUUUUUGCUCGAUUUAGAGUGGGAAAUGAGGUUUAGUGAGAUGCGUGCAUUGUGUCUGACAAUGGCACCAAAGUUGUAAAGAACUUGAAAUACUAUCAACUAUACUAAUAUGCAUAUAUCCCUUCUUGUUUUGUAUUAAUGCAAAUUGUCAUUUUAUACCCCCAUGACAAAUGUGAUUCCAUUUCUUGAAAUCUUAGGAUUUCAUGAA